UUGACGCGAUCGCCCUAGUUUCAACGCACUGCGCUUGCGCUCCAGGAACUUACCCAUUAUGGCGGCGUCAUUACAAAAAUAUGUGAUCAUUUUCGGCAGUUGAGAGACUUCGGAAAUAAAAACACAGAUGAGAACAUGCACAGUGACAAGAAAAUUACCUUGGAAGACACAUGGAGAGCAGCUGACCUGAGAAGGCAAGUCAGGAAAGAAGCACAUGCUGAUGAGAGAAAGCACCGUGGUGGGGAAUCCAUAGAGAGACGCCACAGAGACCCAGAGAAGGAAUCCCGACGCGAAGGAGACAAACGAAGGGAAAAGGAUAGUACAAGAGAAAGAAGAGAUGAAGAUGACAACGACAGAUUUGCAGAUCGACGGAAAGAAGGCUCACGGGACAGGAGAAGUGAUAAGGAAAGGGAUAGGAGAGAUGGAAGGGAAAGAGACAAGUUGGUAGAUGGAGAGAGGAACAACAAUGAUUACAAAGAGAACAGAGACAAAAGGCGAGAUAAAGAAGAAAAGCAUGAAAGGGAAAGAGACAAGGAAAGACACAGAGACAGGGAGAAGGAGGGGGAAAGGGACAGAGAGAGACGUAACGAGAAGGACAGGGACAAAAGGAGGGAAGAGAGAGACAAGGAAAGAAGGAGAGAACACCGGGAUAGAGAGCAUCGGAUAGAGAGGGAGAGAAGGAGACAUGAGGAAAGCGGACAAGGAGAAAGAGAUUGGACAGAAAAGCACGAAAGAGAGAGGAGAGAUCGGCAUCGGGAGAGAGAAAGACACAAAGACGAAUAUGAAGAUAAGAGGAAUGACAAAGAAAGACGAGAGAGACAUGAAAACAGAAAACAUGUGGAACUGAAGGAGGAAAGAGAGUACAAAAAAGAACAUAGAGGACAUAAAGAGGAGGGAGAGAGGAGACACAAAGAGAGAGAUUAUCACGACGAAAAGCGGAAGCAUGACGGCGAAUCCAGGAGGCAUCGAGACUUGAGGGAGUCAGGUGAAGAGCUCAGGCCUCACCGUGGGGGCAGAGAGCGAGCAGAAUGGGACAAAUAUAAAGAGAGAAGACACAGAGAGGAGGAGGAAACUAAAAGAAAUAAUGACAGAGACAGGACGACCGCCAAGAAAUCAGUAUCUGACAGAAGUCAUAGACAUGAGAUUAAAACUGAGGAUGCAGCAAAGGUAUCCGAGCACUGGACAGCUGUGGAAGUUGAAGGAGACACAGAGGAGCCUGUUGUCCAUGAUGAACAGUUGGCUGAAGUGGAAUAUGAGGAUGACUUUGAGGAUUAUGAGGAGGAUUUUGAGGAAAUUGAUGCAAGUGCAAAUGAAGAUGAGGAUGAGAAAGAGCCACAGCAUUCAAAAAUGUGUGAAGAGAGGGAGGAACUCACAGCUCAGAGGAGAAAGGAAAUUGAAGCAAUUCAGAGAGCCAUGGAUGAAGAGAACGAGAGAGUCGGUACAGCUCAGUCCAGAAUAAUUUCAAACAAAGACGAAGAAGAUGGACCUAAAUGGACCAGAGGGUCUGAAAAGAACGAGAGUAGAGCCUCUCAGCGUGGGAAGUUUAUUGACUUUGUGACUGCAAAGCAGCGCGCAGUUAGCAAGAAAGUUGCCACAAAACAGAAGAAACGCAGCACAGAGCUUCUUCGCUUAAUUGAUCUGGAUUUCUCAAUGACAUUCUCCAUUUUGGAUCUGCCACCUGUUAAUGAAUAUGACAUGUAUAUUAGAAACUUCGGAACGGCAAAUACUAAACAGGCUUACGUUCAGUGUAAUGAGGAUAAUGCAGACAGAGACAUCCAGACAGAGGAGAUAGAGGUGUGUGAGAAGUGGACACAGCAUCCUCCAGAGCACAACGGAGCCUGUGGAGGUGCAAACAUGUCCCAGGAGACUCGAGACAAAGCCAUAAGUGAAAUGAACUUUGAUUCACAGCGUCUGACAACAUUUCUGCGCUCAGCCUCACAGGUUAUGGUGGUUCUGUUGGAAGAGGAUCAAGCUGAAAGAAAAUCCCUAAAUAAGCUGAGCUCUCAAACAGACAUGUUGUCUUUCAGCGAAGGAAGUUUACAACUCAACACUAAGUUGCCUUUUCUUUAUGGUCGAACCAUCAGCUUGGUGCACUUUUCUCAGGUCCAGAGGCACACCAUGAUGUCAGUCCACUGCCCCACAACUAAACCCAGUGCUGUGCGUCUUGACAGCUGCACCAUCAUCUGCAUCUGGAACAUUUGGGAGCCAUCCAGACCUCAAAAAGUCCUUGUCUAUGAAUCUGAGGUGCAGUGUUGUUGCUUCAGCCCUGGAAAGGCCAUACUGGUGUUUGCAGGCAGCUCUGUCGGCUCUGUGGUGCUGUGGGACCUGAGGGAGCAUGCUGGUAACCAUUACCGCUUGAAGAUCGGGGAGGAUGAGUGGACUUUCCGACAGCCCACUUUCUCCACUGAUGCAGUGAUGGCCAGCUCAGGCCAUUUUUCAUGUGUGACAUCUGUAGAAGUUGUCCCAUCCACUGUAGCAGGGGGGCUGGGGCCAGAGGUCCCCCUUUUGGCAUCUGAGGAAGAGUCAUCAGGAUUGUCAUUCCAACUGGCGUCUCUGGACGAAAGCGGGGUUUUAAAUUUCUGGGUAGUAGUGGAACUCCCAAAAGCCAACGAGGCAGGCUCUCCAACAGAUCUAGGGCUCAGGCCUGGGGGCAAAGUAAAGUUACUUCACAGCUCCUCCGUCCUCACUGUUGAGAGGGUGUCACCACGAGAUGCCGCGAAGACGGGGCCAUUCCAAACACUUCAUUUAAAAUUCCUCCCAACUGACUCCAAUCAUUUCUUUAUCGGGACCAAUAUGGGUCUGGUCAAUCAUGGAACGAGUCACGGUUUGAAGGCUCUACCAAAGUUUUACAGGUUCCAGGAGGCGGGAGUCCGACCUGCUGACAUCAGCUCAAUCCACUUUUCUCCCUUCAUGCAACACUUGUUCUUGGUGGGUUGUGGGGAUGGCAGCAUCAGGCUGCACACAGUCAGUCAUGAGCAGCCUGUGGCAGAGUGGAGGAAUGGCACAGCUGGUGAGCCGGUAGUCUCACUGCAGUGGGCCCAAACCAGACCGGCUGUCUUCUGUGUGCUCGAUGCAGCCUCCAACCUCCACAUAUGGGACCUGCUGAAGAAUGAUGCAGAGCCUGUGAUCACUGAGAGGAUGAAUUCUGACAGGGUGACGGCCAUGGCUGUGUUUGGAGACUCAGGACGACAAAACACAUAUUCAGGAAUAGCUCUGGCGCAUGAGUCAGGAACAGUAGAAGUGCAGUAUUUCACAAAAACUUUCACUGCUCCCCUUACUGGUGAAGUGGAGAAGUUGGAGCAUAUGAUGACUGAAGGCUUCUGAAAUACUUCAUGUUGUAUUGCUGCAAUUAGACUGAUCUUAUUGUAUUUGUUCAAUAGAUUUGCUGCAUUUUUGAACCCUAAAGAGCAAUUUAUAAAUUGUUUUUUGUCUCAGUCAUAUUGUAUGGUAUAUGUCAUGCUUCAAUUUGGUGUAUGUUUUUCCUCUUAAUUUAUUUACUGACAAUUUUACAUUAACGUAGCUAUGAGAAGAAUGUGGCUACAGACCAAAGAUCUUCUACGUCAUAUCCAUCCCCUAUUCAUGUAAUGUUCUUUAUAAAUACAUUAUGGCAACAUAUAAUGUAAAUGUUUGCCGAUGUAAAUAGCUCUACUGAUUGAUUACUGUAAAAUAUUUGACCGGUAUUAAUAGGUUUCAUUUUUAUACAAUAAAAGAUGGAGUGUA